CAGACAAUGGCCGCUUUUGCAGAGCGAAAUAAGAAUGCCGCAAAUCGGCUGAAAGCUUCCUGGUCUGCUUUCAAAAGACAAGAAAAUGAAAAAAAUGUGCGUGAUCCGGAAGUCUGCAGUGGAUUUCCACUUCGCGGCCGUCGAGUUGUAGAAUUAAAUGUCCUCGCUGAGGCUUUGGACGGGGGCUGUGAAGCCUGUGGGGCAGCUCUACGGCUCUCCGACUGCAUAAAAGAAACAGUGACUGGGCUAGGAUCACUACUCUACAUAUGCUGUUCAAAUUCCGAGUGUGGAGAGACAAAUAUCUGUCGAACAAAUAAGACCCACCGUAGCAUCGGAACACCGCGAGGGAGACCAAUCUUUGAUGUCAACACGAAGUUCGCUGCAGGGAUGCUACACGUAGGCAUAGGUCCUACCCACGUAAACGAGUCGUUGUCAUCUAUCAAUGUACCAUCACUUGGAGAGUCCACGCUGAAGGCUCGCAAGAGGGAAGUAAGGCCCCAAAUUGAAAAGUUGGCAAAGGAAUCAUGUCUGGAAAGUUUAGAAAGCGAAAGAAACUUGUGGAAAGAGGAUAGUGAAAAGGAAAAUGUGGCGAUAGGAGCGUCAUUUGACAUGGGAUGGCAAAAAAGGGGAAAAGCCCACAAUAGCCUGACAGGUGUUGGCUCCAUGGUUGGCCUGAAAACUGGCAAGGUGAUUUGCUAUGGUUCAAGGUCAAAAAGGUAAUGUAUAUAUUUUGUCUUCCUGUACCUUGUUGUAAACAACUAGAGCAAUUUUUUUUUUCAAUUUGACCACAAAAGGUACAGAAUCAUUCAACAUAUUACAGCACCCAUAUUUGUCUCCUCUUGAAAGUGUUACCCAGGACGUUUACCCAUAAUGUCUUUUGUAAAGGUGAGCAACAUGUGAAACUGCCAGCAGACAGUCAAAAAAGCCUCACAUACAUGACUGCAGGCUCAACUGGGAAGGCUCAUCAAAAGCUAUGGAAGCUGAUGUUUGUGUUAAUCUAGUCAAAAGGUAAUUACCAACCAGGUAUGUAAUAAUAAAAAUAAAAAUUAAAUAAUAAUUAUAAUAAUAGUUGUUAACAUGUUAAAUUCACAGUUUUAUUGUUCCAAAGAGAGACUUGUGGAAUCUGUUGUUAUGAUAUCAGUGUUACAGUAUUGAUACUUGAACCAUGAACAGUGGAAAGUCUUACAGUACCUUACACCCUUGGUAAUAAUGAUUGAAAAUUUGACAAGAAAGCAAACAUAAAAAUGCACUUAUAUUUUUGAAUAUGAGUAUGUUAAAAACGCAGAAAAUAAAAUACUUCAAGAUAAUGCCUAUGUGUAGUUUGAACGCCCUCACUUUUUAUAGCACAAAAUGUUAUUUUUGUGGUUUUACCCUGCUUAACAGUUGUGGAGAAAAAAAUGCAGUUGUAUUUGUUCUUGUUGGGGAUGAUAAUUCAUCCACAAUAAGAAAAGUGAGGAAAAAUGUUGAGCACAAGGUUGAAACGUGGUCAGACGUAGUCCAUGCUAAAAGAUCCUUUGGUAGCUCACUAUACAGCAUAAAGACCCAACACAAAAGCCUGACAGAUAUGGUGAUAUGGUAUUUCCAGCAAUGCUUUGGUUACGCACUAAAGCAGAAUAAGGAUGAUGAAGAAGGUGUGUGAAGUGGUCUGAAGUCUAUUGCGCCCCAUGCUUAUGGUGACCAUUCUUCCUGUGGCAACUGGUGUGGCUACUUAAAAAAUCCUGCAUCCUACAAACAC